CAUUAGUAUGAGGAUAGGGAGGCCAAAUUUGCCAUAAAUGAUGGACUUGAAAAUCCAUGAUCAAUUUUCACAAAGUGUGGAACUUUCAAGUUCGUGGAUCCCAUGGAUUUGGACUCUUAAAAUUCGUGGGACCAACAGAUUUGUUGCUUCUAAAUAUAUCAAACAAACAAUAGAGUUUCGACAAAGUCUAUGAUGGAUCCGAAUCCAUCACCAAAUCCAUCAAGCAAACAACCACUUAGUAAACUAGCUACCCAAAUUUGAUUAAACUUGACUCAAGUCAUUUAGAGUCCUACGUAGGGGUGGGCAUACGGUUCGGUAAAACCAAACCGAACAAAAAUUGAACCGAAAUCGAAUUAAUGUUAUUCGGUUCGCAAUUCGGUAGGAAAAUGACAUAUUUUGAAACUAGGAUCCUUUUGACCGAACCUAAUUUUUGAAUUCUAAACCGAAUAACCAAAUUACAAUAAUUGCAAGUUCCAAAUGGUGAAUUUUUAUGUUUGUACUUAUUAUGAGACUUAAAUAUUUGAAUCAUGUUAGUUUUAUGACUUAUGUGUUGAAAUGUUUGAUUUUAUCAUUGCUAAUGCAUAUAAUUGCAUAUUUAUUUUUUAGGGGUGAAAAAUAAUUUUGAAAGAGAUAAGAUACAAGCUAACAUCACAAGUUCGAUUUGUAUGAAAAACCGAACCAAAGCGAACUAUAAUUUGAUUUGAACCGACCGAACCAAAUUAUAAUUCGAUUAUAAGUCAGUUUGAAAUUUAAUGAAAUUCGGGAACCUGGUAUGCAUUAUUUCAGUUCGGUUCAUUCGGUUUGAACCAAACCCACCAAAUGUCCACCUCUAAUUCUACGGGCUUGCAAAUCACAGAGUGAGAAAGUAAUAUCGGAAAUGUGAAUGUGGUCGAUAAUUAAUCCACCAUAAAAAUGUAUUAAAAACCACUGUACAAUGCCACUCCAACCUAGGGAUGGCAACAAAACCCAAACCCACGGGUACCCACCCGACCCAACCCAGUCAACAGUGGCUAAUGGCGUUCGAUGUGUUCUUUCUAGUUUAGGAGUUGGGGCUCAAGUUGUAAUUCGCUUGCCAGUUAGUUGGUUGUCGGCUUGUACUGGUUCCACCAGAACUAGUUGCUUCUUUCGAAAUGCGUUGACCCUUUUUGGACACGAAGCAUGAGUUCGAUGGGCCGUCUUUUAGUGACAUAUACAAUCACACAUACCAAACAUUAUAUUUUACAAUAUAUCAAAUUUGACCUUACAUAUAUAUAUAUAAUAUUAUACAUAUAAUUAUGACAAUACAUCUAUUUAAUAAUUGCAACUUACAAACCACCCAAAAAAUGUCGUAUCGCUCCUCUUCUAUUACUCUCUAUCACUUCGCCGAAUCGCGUCAGCCAAAAUAAUUAAUUUUAAUCUUGAUUCAGGCUGUCUCCUCUCCUCCUGCGAAGAAAAAGAACGAAAUCCGUUUUCCUUUUUUUCUUUCCAUUACUUUUUCAGGAGCUGUCUUCUCCAGGUUUCUCUUCUCUCCAAGCUUCGCACCGAUCCCUAAAGGCUAAAACCCGUCACCUCUGCUUCCCUCAAACCUUCCCAGCCAGUGGCGCCAUUACUGCAAUCACACAGCUUCUGAUUCUCCUGUUCAAAAUUUCUGCUUCGGGUGGAUGAUUAAUUCUACCCCGCCCGCGUUGCUGGACGCGCCGACGCCGACUCUCGAGGUCUGAUUCUCUCUCUCUUUGAGGGGACCAAUCAUGUGGUUUUCCUUCUGGAGAUCCAGAGAUCGAUUCUCUUUGGACGAGCUCAGGUAUUUAACAGAUCAACUGCAGAAAGUGGAAACUGUAAAUGAGGCCAAUAAGGAUUUUGUUGUUGAGGCGUUGAGAUCAAUAGCCGAGUUGAUAACUUAUGGCGACCAACAUAACUCGAGUUUUUUUGAAUUUUUUAUGGAGAAGCAAGUCAUGGGGGAGUUCGUAAGAAUGCUGCAGAUUAGCAAAUCUAUGAUCAUUUCACUUCAGAUACUGCAGACAAUGAGCAUUAUGAUCCAGAACCUAAGAACAGAGCAUGCCAUAUACUAUAUGUUCAGUAAUGAAUAUAUUAACUUCUUAAUUACUUACAAGUUUGACUUCCGGAAUGAAGAGCUACUGUCUUAUUACAUGUCCUUUUUAAGAGCAAUAAGUGGAAAGCUCAAUAAGAGUACAAUUUCUCUCCUAGUCAAGACUCAGAAUGAGAACAUUGUUUCUUUUCCUCUAUAUGUUGAGGCCAUCCAGUAUGCUUUCCAUGAAGAGAGUAUGAUCCGCACUGCAGUACGAGCCUUGACACUUAACAUCUACCAUGUUGGAGAUGGUCCUGUGAAUAGAUUCGUGAGCAAAACCCCAUAUGAUGGUUACUUUUCAGAUUUAAUAUCAUUUUUCCAUAAGCAGUGCAUUGAUUUAAAUGGGCUGGUGUCUGAAAAUCCACAAAAAACAGAGCCAGACAGAACGACGGCAAUUCUUGCUGCUGUUGAUGAAAUUGAGGACAACCUAUACUACUUUAGUGAUGUUAUAUCUGCUGGCAUUCCUGAUGUUGGGAGGUUGAUAACUGACAACAUUAUGCAACUUUUGAUACUUCCUUUGCUUCUUCCGUCUUUGCGGUUAGAUGCUGUUAAUGAAUCCCCUAUUGCUCCUGUUACUUCUCUGUAUCUGCUCUGUUGCAUCUUGCGCAUUGUCAAAAUGAAAGAUUUGGCAAAUGCCAUUGCUGCUGCUCUGUUUUGUCCGUUGGAGGCUUUUCUUCCGUUUGUAGAAGCUAAAGUCAAAGUUCAUGUGACUAAUGGAAACUGUCACGAGAGCCACCACCAGUUGGAAAACAAUAAUACCACAGUUGAUGAACAAGUAGGAGUAACUGCAGAGUUGUCAAAAUUUUCACAAGUUUAUCCUGAAGAUCUUACCAAGCAAGUCAGUAGCACUAUGUCGCUGCAUGGUCUCAGGGAUGUUCUGCUAUCUUAUGUUGUAAGCGGAAACAGCCAACAGGUUCUGGGUUCAUUGAAUAUGCUUGCCACAUUAUUACAAACAAAAGAGCUAGAUGAAGCAAUGCUUGAUGCUCUUGGCAUUCUACCCCAGCGAAAGCAACAUAAGAAACUCUUGUUGCAAGCAUUGGUUGGUGAAGGUUUAGGCGAAGAGCAACUCUUCUCAUCAGAGAGCUGCUCUACCAAAGAUGGGGCUAGCAAUGAGGUUGGUGGCUACCUGCAAAAGCUGAAGGAAGACUAUGGAGUAGUAUGUUCUUCCUCAGAGUUGGGGACAAGCUCUCGGACACAUAGAUUUCAGGUUUUGGAUGCAUUGGUGAGCCUUUUCUGCCGGCCAGGUAUUCUUGCCGAGAUACUAUGGGAUGGUGGUUGGCUUUUGCGUCAACUACUUCCUUACAGUGAGGUGGAAUUCAACAGUCAGCAUCUAAGAUUGCUUAGAGAUUCGUACACGGAUUGUUGUAAUGCUCUUGUGAGAGAGACUAGGGGUAUCUGGCCAGAUCUACUUGUAACAGUAUUGAGUGACGAAUGGAAAAAAUGCAAGAGAGCAAUUGAAGCUUCCUCUCCCAGGAAGGAGCCAAAGUGCAUUCUGUUGCCUCUCCAGAAAUCAUCUUCUGAUGAUGUUCGUAAUGAUUCCUCAGUCUCCUAUGGAGAAAAAAUGUGUGAACGAGUUAAGGUGUUUGUGCUUCUUCAUCAACUUCAAAUUUUCUGCCUCGGUAGGGCUUUGCCUGAGCAGCCUCCCAUUUAUCCUCCAGCCGAGACACCUGGAGCUUCUCGUGCUAGGACUGCUGGCAUUGCUGGUUCUCUUCCUAAACCGGGAACAGAGUUACUACUUGUUGAUACGGUGCCUUGUAGGAUCGCAUUUGAGAGGGGUAAAGAACGCCAUUUCUCCUUUCUAGCGGUAUCGGUUGGUACGUCUGGGUGGAUUCUCCUCUUGGAAGAGAUCCCUCAAAAGCAGCAGUAUGGAGUUGUCCGUGUCACAGCUCCUUUGGCGGGCUCGAGGCCAAGAAUCGACGAGAAGCACUCCAAAUGGUUACACCUGCGAAUACGUCCAUCCACUUUACCCUUCGUCGAUUCCGGCAGACCAGCUGGCCUUGGGACUCCCCGAAAGGCAAAGCCGAAAGCUUUGGUCGACGGCAGAUGGACCCUAGCAUUCCGGGACGAAGAAUCGUGCAAGUACGCUCUGUCAAUGCUUCUCGAGGAGAUUAACUUGCAAAGCAAUGAGGUCGAGAGAAGACUAAGACCAAUGCUCAACCUCGACGAGCCACCACCAACAGAGACUUCUUCCGACCCCCCUUCGGUCUCUUCUUCAUCUACUGUCACAUCAACGAGUUCAUCAUAAAGCUCCAGAAUUGGUAUCGCCAUUCUUACUGUAUAUCUUCGGUCGAUUUAAAGAAGCAGCAGAAAUACCCUGAGCACUUUAUUAGAUCAUAGAAACCCUCCAACCCCUGACUUAGAGAGCCAGCACAUUCUUUGUAUAUUAGCUCCUGUUUCGUAGCGCCUUAGUUUACAUGGUUAUUCUCUUCCACCUGUAGACGUUUUUUCCUCCUUGUGUUUCGGGUUUCUGAUCUCCCUUUUCGUAACUCUAUGUAACAUUAGUGUAUAUUCCUAUGCAGUGUAAUAGUCGAAAAUAUUUGUAUGUUGAGAAGUAUGGUAUUUCUUGCUCGUGCUAUCAGCAAACCUAUGACGGUUUAAAUGGUUCUAUUGUACUCUUUAAGUCGCUAUAAAAGCGUAACACGUAC